CCCGCGCGUGGUGUGAACUCGCUCUCUGUCUGGCUGUGUGGAGGGGAACGAGCGUUGCACAGAACACACGGCGAUCCGGCACAACGAGAGAGACGGUGAAAAGCGGAGCGAUGGCGUCAUCUCAAGGGAAAAACGAACUCCGAUACGCGGACUGGAUGGCAAGUUUACCGGAGAGCAUUCACAGCAUCCCGCUCACCAAUCUUGCGAUACCUGGCUCCCACGACUCCUUCAGCUUCUACAUCGACGAGGCGUCGCCGGUGGGGCCCGAGCAGCCCGAGACGGUGCAGAGCUUCGUCUCCGUCUUCGGCGCCGUGGCCAAGAAGCUGAUGCGCAAGUGGCUGGCCACGCAGACCAUGAACUUCGGCACGCAACUGGAGGCCGGCGUGCGCUUCUUCGACCUGCGCAUCUCCACCAAGCCGCGCGACCCCGACAACGAGCUCUACUUCGCCCACGGCCUCUUCAGCGCCAAGGUGCGCGAGGGCCUGGAGCAGAUCAGCGCCUUCCUGGCGGGCCACGCCCGCGAGGCCGUCUUCCUGGACUUCAACCACUUCUACGGCGUGCAGAACCUGCACCACGAGAAGCUGGUGCGCAUGCUGCGCGAGGUGUUCGGCGACCGCCUCUGCCCCGCCCUCUUCGCCCAGGAGGUGACGCUCAAGUACCUGUGGGAGAAGGAGUACCAGGUGCUGGUCUUCUACCACAACCCCGUGGCGCUGGAGGUGCCCUUCCUGUGGCCCGGCCAGAUGAUGCCGGCGCCCUGGGCCAACACCACCGACCCGGAGAAGCUGGUCCAGUUCCUCCAGGCCUCCGUGGCCGACAGGCGGCGCAAGGGCACCUUCUUCGUCUCCCAGGUGGUGCUCACGCCCAAGGCCAGCACUGUCAUGAAGGGCGUGGCCAGCGGACUGAGGGAGACCAUCACCGAGAGGGCACUCCCACUGAUGAUGCACUGGAUUCGGUCCCAGCGUCCCGGGGAGAGCGGCGUGAACAUCAUCACGGCCGACUUCGUGGAGCUGGGCGACUUCAUCAGCGCCGUCAUCGCGCUCAACUACCUCUUCGACGACGAAGAGGAGAACGCCACCUGAUCGGGCGCCGGACUGGACGGGCGG